AUGCGACAAAUUGAAUUUAAUACAAUUAGUUCUGCAUUUGCUGGUUUAACUAGUAUUGUUGCUGAUUUACAUAAAGCUAUUUUACAUUAUGCUGUUGAUAAUUGUAAUAUACGUGAAUUAAAACUAGAUGAUAAAGAACACGAAGAAAAAUCAUCAACAAUUGAUUUAAUACUUCCAAAUAAUGCAUUAAAAAAAUCUGCUGAAGCAAUGAUUAAAGCAUUUGAACUUUAUAAUAAUAAAAAUGCUUGUAUAUUAUUUAUUAUUCUACCUAAUGAACGUAAUAUAUGUGAUCAAAAUGCAUUAAUUGAUGCUAUACAAAAAAUAAAACCAAAUAUAUAUAUUCAUUUAAAAACAUUUGAACAAUUAAUCGAUGAACUUGUAUUUGAUGAUAAAACUUUUAAUAUUUAUUUAAAAACAUCUCAUAAUGAAAUAGCUGUUGUUUAUUAUCGUGCUGGUUAUAUACCAGAUCAUUAUAUUAAUGAAAAAUGUUGGUUAAUACGUGAAUAUAUUGAACAAUCACAUGCUAUUAAAUGUCCAACAAUACGAUCACAAUUAGCUGGUUGUAAAAUUGUUCAAGAAUAUUUAACACGUGAAAAUAUUAUUGAAAAAUAUAUAAAUAAUGAAAAUUUAUCAAAAAAUAUACGUUCAACAUUUGCAUCAAUGUUUACAUUUGAUAAUAAUCAAACACGAGAAAAAUAUAUUAAUUUAUUACGACAAAAUUCAAAUGCUUAUGUUCUUAAACCAAAUCGUGAAGGUGGUGGAAAUAAUAAAUAUGAUAAUGAAAUAUUAAAUUUAAUUAAUAAAGAAGAAAAUUAUUUAAAUUAUUAUAUAGCAAUGGAAAAAAUUAUACCACCAAAAUGUAUAACUUGUCUUAUUAAACCAAAUGGUAAACAUUUAUUACAUGUUGAAUGUAUUAAUGAAAUAGGAAUUUAUGGAACAAUGGUUACAAAUAUUGAUACAAAUGAAGAAUAUAUAAAUGAAGUAACAGGAUAUUUAGUUCGAACAAAAACAACGGAUACAAAUGAAGGUGGUGUUGCAACAGGUUAUUCUGUUCUCGAUUGUCUUGAUGUUAGUCAAAAUGAUAAUGAAUUAUGGAAAAUAUUUUCUCAAAAACUUUGA